UCUUAGGUUCUGUUCCUCUCAUCUCUGUGGAGGAUUACCAGGAGGGAGGGAUCCGCAUAGUUUGCCGAUCAGCUGGCUGGUUCCCAGAGCCCAAGGUGAUAUGGAGAGAUCCCAGUGGGCAGCAUUUGCCAUCACUUCCUAAAACAAAAGCUCAACAGGAUAAUGGCCUAUUUGAAACUGAAACUGCUAUUGUUAUAAAAGAAUAUACAAACUCAAAAUUGUCAUGUUGGAUAAGAGACAAGUACCUUAGCCAAGGGAAGGAAUCAACCAUUUAUAUAUCAGAUCCAUUUUUCCCUCAGAUGAAUACCUUGAUGGUGACUCUGAUUUUUACCCUGGUGGUUUCGUUGGGUCUCUUUGUCUUGACCAUUUAUCUUUUCAAGCUAAGAAGUGACCUUCUGAGACAACUUGGGUGGAGAAGACAUGCCAUCUGUCCAGGGCUGGGCAGAACUGCGGCACCUGUGGAGGAAAUGACAGUGACUCUGGAUCCAGACACGGCUCAUCCGCAGCUCGUCCUGUCUGAGGAUCGGGGAAGUGUGAAAUGGACAGGGACAUGGCAGCAACUGCCUGACAGUGCUCAGAGAUUUGACUCUGAGUGCUGUGUGCUGGGCUGUGAGCGACUCUUCUCUGGGAGACACUGGUGGGAGGUGAAGGUGGUGGCGGGGGGAUACUGGGCCGUGGGGAUUGCCAGAGAGUCUGUGAGGAGAAAGGGAUGGAUCUGCUUUGGCCCCGAGCAGGGGAUCUGGGGUGUGCAGCACUGGGGGGACGUGUUCCAGCCUCUCACAGGCCCUGAUCGCACGCGCUUGUCCCCAAGCUCAGUGCCCAGCAGUGUCCGGGUGUAUCUGGACUGUGCAGGGAGGCAGGUUUGGUUUUUUGAUGCUGACACUGAGGCCCCGAUCUUCACCUUCUCGCUGCCCUCGUUUACUGGGGACAGAAUCCGGCCCUUCUUCUGGCUGGAGGAUACAACCGUGCAGUUCACAUUCCACACUGCACCACCAAUGCCACCUUGCACUGCAGCAGAGGGGGGGUCUCUUAGUUGGCUGCUCUAGCCUCAGUCUUGCUCAUCUCUAUGACCCUGGAGGACUCCUCUCUUCCUGGAGUGUUUCAGCCCUGCAGUCUGUGCCCCUGGAGGAGCAGGGUCGGGUCCUGCACGGUCAGGCCACAGGGAGCAGGAAAUGACUCAGGUGGAAAGACCAAUCUGUAACCUUCUUUCUCAGCCUGUGUAUGACUCAGGGAUAAAGCAAGGGAAAGGAGGAAUUGUAGGAUGCUGUUGAUCCAGGAGGCUCUUUCAUUGCAGCUCAUCCAUUCAGAGUCCCUAAGUCAUGAGAAGUGCAAAUCUCGUCCUUUUUCCCUAUGUCUGGUUCCUGAACAAUGCCUCCCUUGUGAUUGGCUGCCCUCACAUUUAUGGUAAUAAACAAUCUUUGAUAAAUAUGAGGACACCUCCUGUCCAGUUCCCAUUCUUCUCAUUUGGAUAUUUAAUUUCCUGAGUGUACAUUGUUUGGAGGCACUGACCAAACUGAUUUCCUUCUCUGAAACAAUUCAGCAUCACACUCUGGUGAGACUGUGGGCAGUACUGGGUGAUGUGCUGCUGUGGCCAUGUACAACUGGACUGCUGCCGACUUCCCCUUCCAGAUAAUCUAAAAAAA